GAAACCACGUCUAACAAACCGAUUACUUGUCGGUUUCUGCAUCGACAGGAAAUCGGAUCCUGGCCGUCAAUCUAUAACCCUAAAAAUCUAACCGUCCAGAGAUUAUUCUCGUUCAUUGGCCUUCUUACGUCGGGCAAUCUGACUUUUCCAGAUUCAGGGAUUCCGACGCGGAACGCAGGGGGGAAAAGCUUCAAUUGAAAGCAAAAAUUUUCAGUUUUGGAUUAAAACUAAAAGAACCAAAGGAAAUUAACGGAUCAGUAGUAAUUCGUUUGAUCUGGUGGGAAAUUUCAAUUCUAAAACUGAAGAAUUAGGGUUUCUUUCUUCUCUCUUUAGAUUUCUUUGAUCUCGUUUUCAUUUUCAUUCUCUUUUAUAAAAAGAUGAACAAUCAGUCUCAGAUGAUGAAUCAGCCACCGCAAAUGAUGAUGAACGCGGUCCAGGUCCAAGUUCCAGUUCAACCGCAGAUGACGAAUAAGUCUCAUCAGUUGAUGUCGUCGGCGGCUCACUCUCAGGCGAUGAAUCAAUUUGUGGUGGCGCAGUCGCAGCCCAUAAGUUCUGGUACUCAGAUGAUGACUCAGCCUCCUCCGAUGAUGCUUAAUCGAAGCUAUGAGCCUUGGCAAUCUCGGGACCCAAACCAAAACCCUAACCCUAGCAAGAAAUUCUCUUCUUUCAAUCGUAAUAACAACUGGAAGGGGAAAAAAGUUUCGUUCGCUAAAGAUUCUUGGAAGUUUGAGAAUAAGCCUUUAUCCAUGGGUUCUGGUUCUGCUAUUUCUUCUGUGCCUGUUUCUUCCGGUAGUAAUACUCAAGGAUACAAACCUCCAACUCUUAACGAGCUACGAAAUCAGAACCGGUUAAAAGCCAGAAAAUUCUACGGCAACAAGAAGAAAUUCAAUUACGGCAACAACCGGUUUGCUCCUUAUGCUCCGCGAAAUACAACUUCCUUUAUAAUCCGAGCAAAAAAGUCCGGUGGCAUAACGUCUUUGGUGUCGCCAUGUCCUGUGACACCCGCGGUUCUUCCUACGCCAAUGUUUUCACCAUCAAGGGAGGUUUUGGGUGAUAUGGCCAAGGAAGAAUGGGGUGUGGAUGGUUAUGGGUCAAUGAAGGGGUUGAUUAGACUUCGAUCACCGGAAAUUGGUCACGAUGAAGAGGAAGACGAGGAUGGGGGAAAUGGUGGGGAUUCAAGUGAGAGUGAUGUGGAGGAACACGUGGAAGUGGAGAGGAGAUUGGACCACGAUUUAAGUAGGUUUGAGAUGAUAUAUCCAAGUUAUGGAGGUGAUUAUAACAAUUCUUUGGAGAAUAGAGUGGAUGAUCAAGAUACCCAUAUAGCUCAGUUGGAAGAAGAGAAUUUGACAUUAAAAGAAAGGUUGUUUUUUAUGGAGAGGGAAUUGGGGGAUUUGAGGAGGAGGUUGCAGUUUUUAGAGAGGCAGAGUCAGAUAGUGGAAGAUGUUAAUGAGGAGGUUGUGGAGAAUGGGUCUGAUAAGGAGAGUGAGGAUGUUGGCUCUGAUCUUAGGGUGGUUACCAGUGCUGCUGCUCAUAGUAAUGUGGAGAUGCUGAGGUUUGCUGCUCAUCAUACUAGAAACGUUGAUGUUGUGGAGGUGAGCAAUAAUGGUGGAAUGCCACAGAAUGAAAUUGUAAUGGAUGUUUUUAUGGAUGAGGCUGCAAGAGAAAAUGAGCUAAACAACGAAGGAAAGGGGAACAGUGAAUUAAAGCCUCAAAAUGUGAAGGAGGGAAUAAUUCGAGACGAGGAAAAUGAUGCCAAGGGUGGUGACGCCAGAGGCAAUGAGUUUGUUGAGGAGAAGCAUGUUGAAGAAAACAUGGACGAGUAUGUGGAGGAGAAGACUGUUGAAGAAGACAAAGACAAGUCGAGGUGCGAAGAAAUUAGCAAUGAGGCUGCUGAAAACACUGACACAAAGAAAGAGGAAGUGCGUUUAUGAACAGCAUUGGCGAAGUUUUACAGGGUCAAGAGAGGGUGCUUGGACUUUGCUCUCCUUUCACUGCCCUCAUAUGCUCUUGGAAGUGUGCAUCUUUUCUGGCUUUUUUUUUUAUUUGUUUCCCCCUCUUUUUAUCGUCCUUUUGGUUUGGAAAGGGUUAAAAGGGGUGUGUGGGAAAAGGGGAGCUGUAUUUGUUUAGCUGGAAAAGGGUUAUCCAUUAAAGUUCUUUUGUUACAUACACAUGUUUGUGUUGAUUUCAACUUCUUUACUGUUUGAAAAAGAACCUACUAGUAUGUAAGACAAA